GCUCGCUCGCCGCCCACCACUUGAGGAAGAGGUUCAUUUGGACGUUAACUCAGGAGCCCUAUUUCUACGGCAAAUAUGACCACAGUGACCACGAAGGCAGCCGAGGCCAGGCAGGAGGAAUGACCGAAACAGGUUCAGAGACGCUGCCCCAGACCAUGGCGCUCCGGAACCCAACCUCACUCCACAAACGACUGUACCCACGCUGGUACCAGGCUUACGUGUACAAGACCCCGAGCUUCAACAGAGUGGCAACCCCCAUUGGUGGCAGCAAGAGGUUCCAACCCCUGCACCCCCUGGCAAGGUUCAGGGGCCUCGCCAUGGGGAGCAGCCCAGGGUACUCAGCAGGCUACCACAUCCCCUCUGACUUUCCCCUCUCGGACCAGCCUGGACACCCCGUGCCCUCAGCCCCCAACGCCCAGCCCUCCCUGCCCUACGAGGACGACGUGGACGACGAAGGGCUGGAGGCUGCCGAGGACGACGUAGACAAGAUAAGAGCCGGGGACCUCCUCCGCUUCCUGAAGAACAUCGCCAGUGACAGGGGCCUUUCGAGUCACACCAAGAGCUUCAGGUACGGCAUCAGCAAGAGGAAAUAGAGAAGAGCAAUAAAAGGGAUUGGAGACGGAGACAACUGAAGGAAAUAUGCCGAAAAAUAUAACAACAAUAUACAAGUAUAUGAUGAAUUUUGUGGGACAGUAAUAUAGGGUUUAUGUACUCAAUGAUUUCCAGAUUAUAUCUCAGAUGAACAAGAUUACUGCAAUAAAACUACGACAAAAAA